CAGGCGCUGGAGGAGCGGCUGCGGGCCGCGCUGGAGCCCGUGCUGAGCGACGUGGGCGCCGAGGAGCCGGUCGCCGCGGCCGUGCUCGAAGCGCUGCUGGCUGCCGCGGUGCUUGACGCGGCCGGCGCCACUGGCGAGGCGCCGCGCGCGGCGAAGGCCCCAGUGGCCGCGCCCGUGCCGCCGGCACCGCCGCCGAAGGAGCGCCUGAGGUGGCAGCGCCGAGGCGACGCGGAGGCCGAGCGCGCGGCCAGCUACCUGCGCGAGCGCAACGAGCGGCUGGCGACCGAGGAUCGCGAGGAGGAGCGCC